CAUGCUGCCGGGGGCAGCCCCGACGGACGGGGCCUGGCGGCCGGGAGCGAGUCGCGAUGCAAGGUAGCCCCGAGCACCGUGGCGGCGGCCCGGUAGCAGCAUGAACGAGACGUGCCAGUCUAGCGUGCCGCCGGACAAGCUCUACGAGCCGGUCACUGUGGCCCUGUUCCUCGUGCUGGGCCUCAUCAACGCGCUCGUCAUAUUCGGCAACCUGCUGGUCAUGGUGGCCGUGCUGGCAUCCACGAAGCUGCGCACGGUCACCAACUACUUCGUGGUGUCGCUGGCCGUGGCCGACCUGUCGGUGGGGCUCAUCGUGCUGCCCUACUCAAUUGCGCUGGAGGUGCUCGAGGUGUGGCUCUUCGGCCACACCUGGUGCCAGAUCUGGCUUGCUGUGGACGUGUGGCUCUGCACGUCGUCUAUCCUGAAUCUGUGCGCCAUCAGCGUGGACCGAUACCUGGCCAUCACGCGGCCAGUUCGCUACCGCAGCCUCAUGUCGUCGCGCCGCGCCAAGCUGCUCAUCGUGGCGGUGUGGGUGAUCGCCUUCGUCAUCUGCUUCCCGCCGCUCGUCGGCUGGAACGACGGGACUCAAAACAGCGUGCCUUACCACGGGUCGAACGAGACCUCGCACAAUUCGAGCAUCGUUGCCGAUGACCCAUUGCCGCUCUGCGAGUCCGCGCAGUGUGUGCUCAUAAACAACAAGGGCUACGUUAUCUAUUCAGCUCUGGGCUCCUUCUACAUACCGAUGCUGUUCAUGCUGUUUUUCAACUACCGCAUAUACCGCGCCGCCAUCCAGACUGGACGCGCCCUUGAGCGAGGUUUCAUAACAACAAAGUCGGGCAAGAUCAAAGGACGCACUCAGGACCAGAGGCUUACGCUGCGCGUCCAUCGCGGCAACGAUUCCGCUAUGAACGCCAAGCGAGGCAGCGAGCACCUCGGUGCUGAGACCUGCAUCGACGGCAUCGUCACCGGCCGUCGCAGGCCCGGACUCAAGAAGUCGCGGGACGAGCCGUCAGCCAGCGCCCGGUCGUCAGCCAGCAAGGCGCGUCAACAGAGUGACCAGCGGGCCACGCGCUCGGCGCCGCCUUCGUUCAAGUCGAACAGGGGCAGCGCCCGCAACAGUGGACGCAACGGCACCUCCACGUCUAGCGGCGGCGGCAGCAAGGGCUCACGCUCCAGCAAACGCAGUCAACGAUGGCAGGCCAAGCGGUUCCGCACUGAGGCCAAGGCCACCAAGACCGUGGGCACCAUCGUGGGUGGUUUCAUAUGCUGCUGGCUGCCCUUCUUCACCGUGUACCUGGUGCGUGCAUUCUGUGAGCACUGCAUCCCCAACCUGCUGUUCUCGGUCUUCUUCUGGCUCGGAUACUGCAACUCGGCCAUCAACCCGCUCAUCUACGCGCUCGUCAGCAAGGACUUUCGGCUGGCCUUCAAGCGCAUCCUGUGUCGCUGCCGCCUCAAAGAGGGAGGCGUCUCGUCACUCAUCAAACAGAUCCACAUGCUCACCGUACUCGACGACGCACCCCCGGACAACGCCGAGUCGCCCUAGAAUCCUGGUCACAUCCUUCUCCUGCCCGUGCUGUUGGGGCACUCCCGCUGAGCUCCACUACUUGUUUGCACCUCACCCGCUCACUGCACCGCGUGUCUGUGCCGUAGUGACUUUGUCGGUGUUCAUCUCACGGCUGUAAGGUCUUUUUCCUCACCCCCGUGAAUCACUAUAGCCGCAGAGCAAACGUGCCAGUACCAGAGCGUUGCUGCCACACGUUUGUCACACGAUCAGUUGUUAACUGUUUGUACACACUAAGUGUCUCGUUGUUACUAGGCGUUUGUGGUCGUCCCUACGCUGCUGUGCGCACUUGCCUCGUACUUGUGCGUAACAAUAUGAUCUCGUUCACGUUUUGUCUAGCCCAGGUGUGAGGUCUCCGCUCCCCGUGAGCGUCCUGCAGCGUUCGAAGGUAGUUCGAAAGGUCGCAUGCCUACUGAGCUGCAACCACGGAGCACAAAUUUGUACCAAGAGCACUGUGUCUCUAACAGGAAGUGCCGUGUAGUUUGUAUGUCCCUAGAACCGGUAGCCAUGCUUUAACACACAGUGAGUGCCACUUCGCAAGUAAACAAGCAGGAGCACCCAGCUUUCAAUUGAAAGUACGCCGAAGUUGUUGCCUGCAUAUUUUCCUUGUGCUCUGAGCAUAUUCUUUCUUUUUGUAAGUGAAUGCAAUUUAAUCAGGUAUUUAGGUGGCUGUAAUAACAGUCAUAAAAUAUAAC